UCGUCAAAAUCUCAGCAGCGAGGUUCAACAUGUCGGAAUACGACAACGUCGCACAGGGAUCGUUGAAAUUAAAGGGUGUUUCAGACCAUGGGAUAAAAAAAAAGAAGAAAAAGAAGAGUAAAAAGAUAGAAAAAGAAAAGAUGGAGAAACUAUAUUCAGGAAAUGACGAUGAGCAACAUACUACUGCAGACAAGAAAGAUUCUGGUGAACCAGAACUUCCAAGACGGACCAAGGCGGAAAUGGCUUUCAAGAGACAACAAGAAAAGAGGCAAGCAGAAAGUCUCUUGGAGAAGGCAUCAAAGACACACAAGGAACGCAUCAUGGAAUUCAAUGGACGUCUUGAUGACCUAACAGAACAUUUUGAUAUUCCAAAAGUCAGUUGGACAAAAUGAGCACUGCAACAGUCUCAUGGUUUUACAAAAACUAUUGUGGUCUACAAAGUGUCGGUUGUGAGGCAGGUUUGAGGCAUAUGAUGACAUGAGGCAUUGGGGUUGAUCUGAAUGUCUUGCUGUUUCUCCAUGACUGUUGUUGUCACUAUGUUGGCAGGUGAAACCGCAAUCUAAACUUGCAGUGUUCAUAUCUGCCCUGUCUUUAUGAUGGGAUGAGACAAGCUGCAAUGGUUUUGGAAUCUCCCAACCUUGAAGGUAUGAAGAUGGAACUACACUCCCGAGGCUACAUUUCAUGGGAUUUUCUAACAUCCUGAAAGGGAGAUAGAAAGUUUGCAUUGGAUUCAGUUGACUGAGUCGAGACUAAAUACACAACUGGCAUGUAAUAGUGAUAUCAAAUAGAUGUAAGUGUUAUAAAUGAUUAAAAUGAUGUAAUAUCAUAUGAA